GUAACCAGUGAUUUAUAAUUAAUAAUUAUAAAAUAAACUCAUUAAUUUAAUAAUAAAUAUGUACAAAUUCAAAACAUUUUCAUUAAUAAAACGCGAAUCUCUUCGUUACCCAGUAGUGAGUAAUGGAAUAUUAUUCAUAACCAGUGACAAUAAUAAUAUAUAUACUUAUGAUGGAAAAUGUCCUGGAAUUUGGUCGUACAAUUUAUCAUUGAACCAGUGGAAUAUUUUAAUGAGAUUGAAUAAUUAUUUGCGACCAUGGAGUGAAGAUGACAUAAUUGGAAUAGUAAAAGAAAACAAUCUAAUAAAAAUCUUCAGUGUCAAUGACACUUCCGCCUCACUAUGUACAAGCUCGUGUCCACAUUCGACUUGGAUACUUAUCACUGGGAUACAUUGCAGACAAUUGGUGAUGAUGAUAAUCACGAAGGACCAUUUCAUCCACCCUGGAGAUCGUCGUUCAGUAUGACAGAGUAUGUUGACCCGGACAGCAAUGACGUGUGUUUGCUGGUAUCAGGAGGGGAGGAUCUUAUGACUUUCAAUGCAGAUCCUGAUGUCUGGAGUUUAAAUUUGUCAACUUUGACUUGGAGAUGUCUUGGUAAUUUUGGAAACCUGUCAUAUCAGUGCUUUCUUCGUCGCUGGGCCUGUGUCACUCCAAAUGGCAGACUGCUCACUUGUGAUGAGAGUUCUGACAACCGGAUAAAUAGAAAUUUAUUUUAUCGAAAAGUUUACGCUUCUUGGACAAGAAUCCCGAAGCUUGUUGACAUCUGCUGGGAUGCUGUGCUCCAUUAUUACCCAGACUUGAUCACCGAGUCUAAGGAUGAGGUUCAAAUUAAAUAUGGAAUUCCUUGGGACUUUAUAGAGUCACGGAUAAAUUAAAUUACUUAGCUCAUUGAUUCAUCAUCAACAAAUGUCAUAUUUUUGUCUGUUCCAAGAGCUGGGCAG